GGUUGCACGGUCCCUCUGUAAGGGAUUUAUGAAAUCGUGGGAUAUAAAAUUGAUAAUCUGUUUGAGUCCAUAAAGUUGCGUAAUAAAGCAGUUCUAUAUACUUCACUAUACUCAACACUAAGGAAUAUUUUAUCCGCAUGACCUUGCACUGAAUGUCAUUAUAGAAGGAUUGUUAUCUGUGGACACGGAUACUGGCCACAAACAUGGAGAUUGUCACACAUCUCAUAAAUGACACCAUUGAAUUCUACAAAUGGGGCCUAACCAUAGCAGACAAGCGGGUAGAAAAAUGGCCGCUUAUGGACUCUCCUCUGCCCACGCUGGCAAUCAGUUCAUCCUAUCUGCUCUUCCUGUGGUUGGGGCCCAAAUACAUGAGGAACCGCGAGCCUUUGCAGCUCAAGAAGACCCUCAUUGCCUACAACUUCAGCAUGGUCUUCUUUAACUUCUUCAUCUGUAAAGAGCUCUUCAUGGCAGCACGGGCAGCCAGCUACAGUUACAUCUGUCAGCCAGUAAACUAUUCAGACGACCCCAACGAAGUCAGGAUAGCAGCGGCGCUGUGGUGGUACUUUGUGUCUAAGGGGGUGGAGUACCUGGACACAGUGUUCUUCAUCCUCAGAAAGAAGUUCAACCAGGUCAGCUUCCUACAUGUUUACCAUCACUGCACCAUGUUUACCCUCUGGUGGAUUGGUAUCAAGUGGGUUGCAGGAGGGCAGUCAUUCUUUGGGGCACACAUGAAUGCCGCCAUCCACGUGCUGAUGUACCUGUAUUACGGUCUUGCCUCGUGUGGGCCGAAGAUCCAGAAGUUUCUGUGGUGGAAGAAGUACCUCACCAUUAUCCAGAUGAUCCAAUUCCACGUAACUAUUGGACACACGGCCCUGUCUCUCUACAUGGACUGUGACUUCCCCCACUGGAUGCAUUACGCCCUCAUCUGCUAUGCCGUCACCUUUAUUGUCCUCUUUGGAAACUUUUACUACCAGACCUACCGCCGGCUGCCUCGUCGCGACCGUGACAGCUCCAAGGCUGCCAAGGCCCUUGCUAAUGGGGCUAUUAACGGGCUGAGCAAGGUGGCCAAUGUAGCGCAGAUGGCAGGCAAGGUGGAUGAGAAGCUGGAGAAACAAGAGAACGGGAGGAGGAAGAGGAAAGGGAGGGCCAAGCGUGACUAGAGAGAUGAGAGAGGUAGAGAGAAAGGGAGAGACAGAGAGAGAAAGACAGAGGAGAGAGAGAGAAAAAGAUUGUGGUUAAUGCAGGCUGGCUCUGACUGGUCUGGCUGUUAAGAGAGCUGGGGAGUAUGGGACCCUGUAAUGUGUUGGGAAUUGAAGACACAUGGUUGUUGCUGUGUGUGAGAGAGAUGUCUGUGUCAGUUAUCUGUUUCAAAAUUAUCAUAACAUAGUGUACAGCUAUUACAGUUACUCUCUGGUAUGGGAAACAUGGUUCCUGUCUGUGCAGUGGUACUUGGUGGUGGUACUGCAGACCGGAAUGUUUAUUUUAUUUUAUGUCUAAUACACUUUGGGUGUGUUUAUUGAGAUUGUUCAAUGUGCAAGACAUCAAACUGAAUAAACUCUACAAUGGAAAACCAUGUCAGAUAAACUAAAUUAAAGACACCGAAUAUUGCUGAAAGGAAACUUAAUUUGAACUUCAGAUGAGAACUGCUGUGGAGAAAGGAACACCACAGACACACAUACAGUUAUGACAGUUUGUCUUUGGGCUUUAUGUGACGUGUCAGUGUCAUAUGUCUUUUUUUACAGAAAAUGUCUUACAAUAAUGUGGAUAAUUUUUUGUCCUUGAUCAGGUUUUUGUCCAUGUUACAUUUUGCCUAUUCUAUGCGAUGCCAUGAACUGAGAAACAGAGAGAGAGAGAGAGAGCGAGAGAGUGAGAGAGAAAGAGACAGACAGAGUGGACAGAUAAGAGAGAAGGAGCAGAAACAUGCCCGUCAGUUACCUUGUGAAAAUACUGGAAAAAUAAUACAGUUUUAUUAGAAAAUGUCUGUGACCAGUUAUUUUCUAAUUACUCAGUAAUUAAGUCAAUCACGCUGAAGAUUUAACCUCUUUUUAUUAAAACAAAACAAUUACUUCUUAAACAAACUUCUCAAACUCUUCUAAAAUUAAUCUGUGAAAGAUUAGAUUGGAAUAGAAAAUCAUAGAAUAUGAUCUCUUUUCGGAGUUAAAUAUUUUUACAUAGUUUCUUCCUUGAGACGUGUCCCUGUCACUGAUGAGCAGUGACAAUCAGUGAUGUUAAGGCUUUGUUUCUGGAAGUUUCAACAAAUUUAAGUUAUCUAACAAACAGUGUUAUCCAACAAAUAUAUAUAGAGGUUUCUUCCAUGUACUUUAAUUUGGGGACAUGAAGGUACAAUUGCAAAUGAAAGCUUUCGUGGAAUAGCAAUGUAUCCAUAGCUACAACAGAGAAUGGUUAUGCUCAACCCAUAAAUAGUACAGAACAGCUGAACAGUCCUUUGCUCAGUCUGCUGCAUAUCACUCAAUUAUCUAUCAGACAACGUCAUGGAAUGUUAUUAGAUUUAUUUU